GGAAAAAGGAAAAAGAAAAAAAAAAGGUGAAUAGAGACACACUGGCACCGCCCCUACAUUCUCUUGCCCAUUAGAAAUCUCCAUUCUCCACGACACCUCUCUCUCUCUCUCUCUCUCUCUCUCUCUCUCUCUGGUUUUGCCACUUCUCUUGAAUCGCCGAUAUUUCUCCUCUCCCCUGUUCUCUCUCAGAAUCUUCUCCUCAGCCAUGGCCAUCAUCUUGCUCUGCUAUCUGCUCUUCAUGGCCUUCACUGGCCAUUCAAGCGCGACCUAUUGUGUUUGUAAGGAUGGGCAAAGCGAUCAAGCCCUUCAGAAGAGUCUGGAUUAUGCCUGUGGAGCUGGAGCCGAUUGCACUCCAAUCCUUCAAAAUGGCCCUUGUUUUCAACCCAAUACCGUAAAGGAUCACUGUAGCUAUGCCGUUAACAGCUAUUUUCAGAGGAAGGGUCAGGUUCAGGGUAGCUGUGAUUUCUCAGGAACUGCCACGCCUAGCCCGUCUCCUCCUGCUGGAGCUUCUGGGUGUGUUUAUCCUUCCAGUCCCAGUGGCACAGGAACCCCCACCACAACCCCAACCAGCACCACCCCAGCGACCACCAUGCCCGGCACCACGCCGGGAACCACCACAAACCCAUCAACAACACCACCCUCAACCAUGACCCCAGGCACCACCUCCCCCUCGGUGUUUGGCAGUGGGAUAAGCCCAACGGGUGGCGUUGGGAGCAGUGGGAAUAGCAUUGAUGGAAGUGCUGCUGCAGCUCUCACUGCAGCAGCCUCUAAUUUCUUGUUCUUCACAGCCACUGUGGCGUUUUGGUUGUCGCUCUUCUUUUAGGGAGGUCCAAGGACGACGACAAUGGCGGCCAUUAGUUUUAUUUGUUGGAUGGAAGGAAAGCCAGGAACGUUGUUUUCUAAAGUUCUAAAAAAGGGUGGAGAAUUUGAUUCCUUAUUGAAUGGUGGUAUGAUUUUCUACUGGAAUGGAACCUGAUCCUCUUAGAUAUUUUUCACUUUUGUAUAUCUAAUAGAGGCUGUAUUUUCCUUAAUUUAAUGGGACUUUGUACCCACUAAUCAAUAAUUCUGCUCUUUGUUCAUCAUUAAUUUCUUUUUUCUUAUAAUAAAGUUCAUGGGGUUUU